CACACACACACACACACACAAUGACACACUGAAUAGUAGCAGUGUUUUCUGUUAGUUCAUCCAGAGCAGCAAAUCUGAUGAGUCCCCAUUUCUGGGUCAGUGCACAAAAUAGUGAAUACAUAGAAUAGAGGGCAAAGCAGUUCGCUCGCUCGCGCUCGCACACACUUCCACAUACGUACACAAUUUCUCACAUUCUACCUCUGAAGUGUGAUGCAGACACACAGAAGAACCCUCACCCCCAGCCAGUCCCUCUAACCACUUGAUUACACAAACGUUUUAUUCCAUCCUAUCAUACACACGCAUGAUGAGGUCACCGUACUUCCCGGCUCGCUCAGUGCUGUUCCGUAAGGAGGAGAACGGCGUGACCUACCGUGUUCCUGCACUGCUCUACAUCCCCUCUUCCUCCUCCUUCCUGGUGUUUUGCGAGGAGCGUCUGAGUCCCUCCGACUCCCAGGCACACCUGCUGGUCAUGAGGAAAGGCACCUUCUACAGGAACUAUGUAGAGUGGGAGGACAUGCGUGUGUUGGGCUCGGCGCGACUGGAGGGGCACCGCUCCAUGAACCCGUGUCCCGUGUACGACGAGUUUACUGGCACGCUCUUCCUGUUCUUCAUUGCCGUACUUGGCCACACCUCGGAGGCCCACCAGCUGAUCACCGGCAAGAACCUGACACGCCUCUGCUGCAUCUCCAGCAGCGACCAUGGAGACACCUGGAGCCCCACCAUUGACCUCACCGUCAGGGUCAUAGGAGACACCAUCACAGAGGGGACUAUGACGGGGAGGAUGUUGGUGGUGCUGACUGCCCUGCUGACGGCAGGGACGGGAGCUGAGCCGCUGAGCAGCAGCUCUCCGGAGCUCCUCUCUGAGGUAGCCAUAGCCCAGCUAUUGGAGGAGACAGACAUUGUCAUGGCCACAGGGGAUUUGAACCCGAGUCAUUACCCUGCCCAGCGGGCAGCCAAGGUGGUUCAGCACUACCUCAACACCCGCUAUGGAACCCCCCACAGAGUCAUCAUGCUGGAGCGGGUUCACAAGGCCAGCGCUGAGGAAGUCGCAGAGCUGGGCAGAAAGUACCACCUGGAGCUCUCAGUCCAAGAGACAAUCACCAACCGGACAGAGAGCGUCUCUGCAGAGGUGGUGUUCCCAGGAGGAGAAACCAAGGCUGCCCCCCAGGUCCAGGCCACCUGUGACGGGCUGCUUCAAAUCAACACCCAAGCUCUGGAUGAGGCCUUUUACCACAAGCACAGAGCCAGCAAUAUACUGGUGUCAGCAGAAAACAUACCAGACAGCUACGGGUACGUGGACCCCAGCAUGGAGGCGCUGUGGAACCUGGGGAAGGUGGUGUCCAGUGAGGUCAUGCUGAGGGAAUCCAAUGAGAGCACUCUGUACAACCUGGCCCAGGUGGCCAGUAUCACACAGCUGGAGACUGAGAACACCCAGCUGAGGUUCCAGUAUCAGGUUUUGCUGCAUGAGAUGGUUUCCCAGGAGAUUGUAACCUGGAAGCUGCUGGUCAGCUGGUCGCCAGCAGAGGGCGUCAGAGUGUUGGAGACAGAGUGGAUCCCCAAGUGUGAACAUUGUGUGGCCCCUCCCAAUCACUACAAGUAGAGAUUCCUCCCUCCUUCACUUCCUCUUCCUCCAUCACCUCCUAUUCUCCCCUACCUCACCUCCUCUCCCUCACCUCCCUAUCACAACAAAUAGAUUCCUCCCACCUCCUCCCUCCCUCCUUCAUUUCAUCUCCCCCUGUCUCCCUCCCUCCUUCACCUCCUC